UGACUGGCCACACCGCCAGCCGGCAUAAUUCCUAUUGGAACUAUUGUGUUAAAUAAUUUUAAUUUAAAUUUAACUUAUGUAUAACUUACGCCUGCUACGAAAUCUCCUGCCGAUCGCUGGGCACGCCCAUCCGCGCUGGCUGGCUAGCCAGCACAAGCGGCGCCCGCAGCCGGGCAGCCUGCCGCCCGAUCGGCUGGAGCAGCUGCGCAGUGAUCUCUUCGAGAGUCGCCAGGAGCUGAGUGGCGCGGAGUGGACGGAGGUGCGGCAGUCGCUCGUGGACGGGUACAAGCACAUCAACGGGCACAACGUGGACGCCGUCAUCCUGGGCGUGUGCAGUGCACCCAACCAACUGGCGCUGGCCAAGAACUAUGUGGAGUUCCUGAGGAGCAGGGGCUCCAAGCCGAAUGCAGCGACCCUGGGUCGCCUGCUGAGGGUCUACAAUGCCGCCUACCACGAGCGUCCGCUCAGCGAGGCGGAACAGUUGGAGAUACUGCAGAUCUGCCGAUCACUGCAGGCGGAGCACGAAACUCUGGACGCCAGCAGCUGCGAGAAUGUGAUCCAUGGACUGGUGGCCACCAGCGGCGAUGAUUGGCAGCGCGGCCUGCCGCUGCUCGAGAUGAUGAAGGUCACCAGUACGCCCAGCGUGGCCGCCUACUGCGCGCUGGCGGAGAAGGCCUUCAGUGUGGCGACGCCGGAGCAGGAGUUGGCCUGGCGUCUGCUGGAGGAGAUGGCCACGGCACGCAAGCCGCCCAAAUGCGAGGUCUAUCUGGCGCUGCUCAAUCACCUGGCCAACGAAACGGCCCAACUUCCUGCCCAGCUUAGCCGUUUGCUGCAGUUCCUCGAACGCCAUGAGAUUCUAGUCAGCCAGCGGGUGGCGAUACGAUUGCAGGAGCUGUCCAGCCAGGUGCCCCAACUGCUGCACACCAGGACCACCCAUUUGGGAGCUCUGGGCAAGUGCCAGUCCUGCCAGCAGCACCUCCAGCCGGUGGCCAUCAGCGAUGAGGAGUUCCGGCAGCUACGCGAAUGUUUUCUGGAGCGCGUGCUCAUACGACGAGACGUCUUCCAGCGCUCCACGCCCGAGGAGGUGGCCAGGUUCAAGAAGUUUGUGGAGAAGACCGCGCCAUACGACUGUGUGAUCGAUGGCCUCAAUGUGGCCUACUCCACGGGCACCAAGAAGACGCCCCAGCAGAUGGCCAAGCUGGUGGCCACGGUGGUGCGUCAUUUCCGGGAACAGGACAAGCGUGUCCUCGUCCUGGGACGCGAACACAUGCGCAACUGGUCCAAGCAGGCUAUGCACUAUGUGCACAGCAAUGCCAGCCUCUUCUUGACCAGCAAUCUGUCGCACGACGAUCCUUUCCUGCUGUAUGCCACGCUGCGCAGUGGCCAGGAGACGGACUUCUUCUCCCGCGACCUGAUGCGCAGUCACGCCUUCCACCUGGGCACCGAGCUGAAGCCCAUCUUCCGCCGCUGGCAGCAGGAGCACCAGUUCUCGCUGGUCACCCAAACGCAAACGGGUCAGAUUAUAGUCAAGGAGCCCGUUCGCCAUCGGCUGUGUGCCCACCAAGUGGCGGGCACCUGGCAUGUGCCCUACUGCGCGCAGUACACGCCGCACCCCACGGACAGCUUCGAGGUGCCCGCCAACUGGCUGUGCAUCCAGCUAAAGAAGCAGACGACACCCGCCACCAAAACCAAGGCCAAAACAACGAGGUGACCAUGUGAGCAAUACUUGUUAUGCGAAUAAAUAGUAGCCAAAUGUUAACACGAAUA